CGAAUUUGUUCCGUACGGUUAUCUAUUCCUCUUUGUCAAACAACACAAGCUACAUUGGCGAAAAACGCUGUUUCCUCGAAUGAUAAAACUCAAGCUAAAGGAAUGCAAUGGCGGAGUGUGAGAAUUAUCGAGCGGCUGCUUCCGAAUCAACGAAAUUGAAGUUGGAGCGAGUUUACAAAGACAGGGAGUUUGAAAUCAUCUCGGACUUCGAAGAAAAACUCAGACAGAAAGACAUGGCACUAUCCAGACAGGCACUGGAGUUGUGUGAAUUAAAGGAGAGGUCUAAGAGAGAGAUGGCUCAAUUGGAAAGACACUACCUGCAAGUCAUGGACAGCGAGGGAGAGAGACUAAGGCGUAAGCACCAGAAGGAGCUGGAGGAUUUGGGGGAGGAGUUGUUUGAGAAGACGAGGACAAUAAGUGAGUUGGAGGCUGAAGUCAGAAUGGGCAUUGAGACCAUAGACCGGGCACACACAAACCUCAAAGAAGUGUUGGACGAGAAGAGUGAGUUGAGACUGGAGCUGAGCCAGACUCUGCACUCUGUGAAGAUGAAGGAACAGUUCACAGAGGAGAGGAUGUACGCCAUGCAGACAGAUCUGAACCAGGUUGCGCUGGGUGAUCUGGAGCCGAUCCUGUUAGGUCUGGAUGAGGUGGAGAUGUGUGAGUUGAUGGGUAGAGUGGACUACACUCCAUCUAUGAGGGAAGUGAUCAAAUUUCUCAAGGAGACAAACCCAGCCACGUGCACUUCACUCAUAGAAGAACAUGCCGGCCAUACAUAUGAACCCUCGGCCGGGUAUCUGUUGAAGAAGUUGGUGCACAGACUGGAUGUGGACUAUGACUUCACCCAGCGACUGUUCAAGGCCAUCAAGCCAUACUCCACCCUGGACAAUGUCAUAGACUUAAUCAACAAAUUCACCUCAAAAGACCACAUCACAAUGCUACACAGGGCAAACCUAAAUAUCCCUCCAAGUGAAGCGAUCCUGAAGAAGUGUCUUCGAGAACUAGCCCCCUCGGCCAUCAGUCGAAACCUGAUGAAGAUGUCGGAACUGCCCUAUGAACCAGUAGUGAAAGCAGUGCGCAUGAUGAGUGACCAGCAGCUGCGCAUGUUCUGCUCCCAAAUAGGUCGUGACCUUUUACCCUCUGAUAAGGACUCCUUGGUGUUGUUUUUGGAGAAGAAAGAUGCGGGUUACGUGAAGGAACUGUUCAAGGCCGCAAUGCCCCAGCUGUUCACGCUGACCGGAAUUGCCAUGCUGAUAUCUGAGAACUUGAACAUCACCGAACGUAAGAAAUUGAUGGGCGGCAGUGAAGACCUGAACAAACCAACUCCCAAGGCCAUCGCUAGAUUCGAAAGCAUGCUGUCUAGAGAAGAGAAAAACCAGAUCUUCAAAGAGCUCAAGUACGACCUAAACGAACACCAAGUUGAGAGCCAAAUUCGAGCCACAGUUCGCCGAAAUCCAGCCUUCGUUGAAAAGAUUCUUAAGAAGCCCCAAAAACAGGAUGAUGGCGAGGAGAAGAAAAAAGAAGAGAUCGGGUUAACUAUUGAGUAUGUAUUAUCCCAGGGGGAGGAGUUUGUGAUGAAGCUGAUUCGGGAGGUCUUGAAGGAGAUGGAAGUGAGAGGGAUUCUGCAGAUGUUGUUGGAUAUUGGCAAAUUGAGGAUCAAAAACAACGGCAGAUGUUCUUGUUGGUCGCAAAACACCCUCCCGAAUCCAUGCCCACAUUCUGCUUUUAUGUAA